AUGACUAAUAUGUUUGGUUUGAUCGUGUCAGGGAGACUUGUGCAGACGGAUUUUACGCCUGUUUCAGAGACGAGUCUUAUCACUACCAUCUUGGAUGUGGACUCUAUAAACCACGCCGUCGUGUUCCUGACGGGCGCGACGCCGCUGCCGGUGGGCACGGUGGCCGUGGUCUACUGGAGCUGGCCGGACCCUAACGCUCCGCCUAACUGGCAACCUUUAGGACAUAUAUCGAACGCUAAACCUUCUGCCAUAUUUAAGAUCUCUAAUUUGAAAAAAUUACAUGAAUUAUCUAGUGAAAAUAAAUUCAUGAGUGCAUUUGGUCAGCAACAGAUUUGUAACAAUGCUCAAAUUGGAAUUUCUAUAGAACCAGAAGCGAAUGUGCAACUACUUCCUAAUUCUGAGAUACAACAAGUUAAUUCAUAUGUCACAUUUGCACAGAAAAUGUUAGAGAAUUUAGUUAAUUUUGUGGCAUCCUUCUCCGUAACUCAAGACCAGAUGACACCUACUCCCGGAGUCUCUUACAUACCACUGAACACUCUCCACACCUGGUACCAGAACUUUGAGAGGAGACUACAACAAAACCCCAACUUUUGGAAAAAU